AUGGAGCGCGUGGGCUCUUCCUACCAAGACGACCAGUGGCCGCCAGAGCAGAGUAGCACAGUCCGGUCGAAGCCCCGUGGCGACAUCGACCCCUGCGUCUGCUGCUUCAGGUCGACCUUGGGCCUCGCCGGGCUUAUUGUGGUGAUGCUGUUCCUCACAAAAAUUGUCGACAAAACGAUGGGCCAGCGCGUGACGGCGGCGGCCGACCAUCUUCUGCCGUCGGUGGACGUGCCGGACCGAUCCCAGACUGCCGUGCAGAAAGCGGUCGGAAUGUUCCGGGCGUGUCUGGCCGCCCCGGUGGACAAUCGACGGGUCGAAAUGCACGCCCUCAAGGACUUCAUGGUCUCGCUAGACAUUGACCUCCUGGCAGAGGAGUCGUCCGACCCGAACCCCGGUCGCGACGUGGUUCGACUCUCGCUCGAGUACGGUCUGCCCGCCUUCGUCGAGUUCAGAGUUAACAGAUACCAGAUACCGAGAGGGAAACCGUUACUCGAGGUCGCCCUGGCCAACAGCGAUGAUGCGUGGUUCGCGGAACGAGUGCUGCUGAGAUCCAACGUGACGGCUUCCUACUACAGCGCAGCCAUCGCACAUUACUCCGGGAGAGCACCUAGCAAAAGUACGAAGGCGCUCGUCUCACAGCUGUCAGCACUUGAAGAUGAAGUUCAAACAUUUAUGAUCAAGGAGAAAGAGCGUCUGGACGAGCACUGGACUUUCUUAUCAGUAAGGAACAUCCUCGACCCAGCAGAAGAGCAGAAGAAAGACGAAUUUGAGCGCAUCAUAAAAGAAUACUCACGGGGCCGCUACACGGACGACGACGGUGUCUACGUCAACUCCAACGCCCACGCGCUGCUCAAGCUUCUCGUGACGUCAGGCAGGGAAGCCGAGUUUCACCGUCUCGUAUCCUGGAGCAUCGUGCGUCAGCUCGCCGGCUUCGGCCGCAGCAGCGAGACUUUCAGCCUCAUGCCUAGCCUGAGAAUUUGGUACAAGUGCGUCGUCAAAGUGUCGCAGGUCAUGGAGGCACCGCUCAUGGGAGUUUACCUGCUGCAAGCCGUGCCCGAGGACUACCUCGCGGAAGUGGACAGCAUCUUCUCGCGGCUCAAGAAGUUCUACGAGACUCAGCUGAGGCACAGUUCGUGGCUCGACUCGCUGUCCCUCCAGUACGCCCUGACCAAGCUGCGCGCGAUGCGAAUGGCCAACGGGCUCCCGCACGACAUGCGCAACGCUCGCGACAUGGACGCCCGCUUCGCCGAAUUCCCGGAGUCGCCGAGCGGAGGCUCCUUCUGGCGCGCCUGGCUAAGCGCGGCGCGCAUUGUGAAUCGCCUCGGGGUGAUCAGUAACUCGUCGUCCGACAUUGUAUUCACUUCGGGCAGUGGGGUAGCCUACUACGGGACGGUACUCAACGAGGUAUUCGUACCGGCCGGCAUGAUUGGCAAGCCAGUGUUCUACAAGCAGGGCCCGGCUGCACACAACUACGGCGUGAUUGGAAUGAUCAUAGCGCACGAGAUGACGCAUGGUUAUGAUGCCCAAGGUGUGAACAUCGACGCCGGCGGCCUGUGGCGCCACUGGUUGACCCAAUGGUCCCGGUGGAAGCAUAGAAGCGUCAUGCACUGCCUCCAGCUAUCUCACGCCAAGGUGAGCAAGACGGACAAUCUGGACCGCCACUCCUCCGAAAACCUGGCCGACUUCGUCGGGUCGCUGGUGUCGCACGCGGCGUUCAGCUCUCUUCCCGAUCGCCUGCGUCGCAUCACAGUGCCCGGCAACUCCGCGCUCAACUUGACCAGCGAGCAGCUGUACUUCGUGUCCCGCUGCGUCAUAUGGUGCACGCGCAUCGAAACCCGCUAUCAGGACUACAACGAGGGCAGUCACGCCGCCUACCGGGCGAGAUGCAACGUACCAGCAAUGAACAUGCCCAGCUUCGGCGAAGCUUUCAACUGCCCGCCGGGCUCCCAGAUGAACCCCGUGGAUAAAUGCGUCUUCUAG